AUGGCAUCAUCAAAGGCAGAGCAGAGCAUUAGCAAGGUUGACGAAUUGACCCAUGCGAUUGCAAGUUUGGCGCAUGUCGAGAAGCCCUACCAAGACGGUUGUGUGAUUAAGCGAAAGCUCAAUGUCAAGCGAGCACCUGUUGAUCAAGCGUUAACCGAAGCCCAAGCCAAGCUUGAUAUGUGGAAAACAGAUCGAGAUGCUUUGGAUCAUUGGACUUUGCAGUGGAUCGUAUCAUUUUGCAUGUGCGAAUUGGCGACAGAGAAAGAGCGAUGCGACAAAGGGAUCAAAAAGGCUCAAGAGCUAGUGGAUACUGCAAAAGUCAAGGUGGAUGAAGCCGAUGAAGAAGUCCGUGAAGCUGACAACAAGAUUGAGAAACUUGCUGUUGAUUAUCGAUCGCUUCAAUCACAACGUGAUGAGCUUGUGGAGAUCUUGGAUAAUGUCUUUUCUUCUCAAGAUGAAUCAUUCCCUACCAUCGAUGAUUUGAAAAAGCAAGUGGAAGAAGCAGAAGCAGCUGUUCAGCAAGUCAAAUCCAAGGAUGAAAAGCUUGUCGAAGUGAAGCAACUACUAAAGCAGGCGGAUUCAGCACUCUUGGAAGCUGUGAUUGAUUUACGGCAAUCCCGUGAUUCAAAGAAUUUGGGUCAAGGUCAAGUCUACUUUCCACAAGCAGCUUAUGAAGCCAUCAAAUCAGCACGUGAACUCUACCCUACGUUGCCAGCUAUUGAUCCUCCUCAAGAAUACGUGAAGGAAGCGGAUGAUACAGGCGCCUUUUAUUCACCUAUGCAACGCUAUCUUUGGGAAGUGCGUCAGCGACUCGCUGCCCUGGUGGAAUGGUGUGAUACACAAGAAAUGGAACACAUGUACGAGGAAGCUGAACGCUUGGUUGACGUGGGUGCCAAAAUCGAUGCAUGGAAUUUGGAAAGACGACGAGUCAUCAAGGAUGUUAUUCUUCAAGCCUAA